AUGGGUGUCUCUGCACCUGCUGGCAUCAUCACUGCCAGAGUUUUGAUUGCAGGUGCCAGCUAUGCAGGUCUGGCUGCAGCAGUGAACUUGCUCGACUUGCAUGAGGGCGUAUCGCCUCGCAUGGCUGUCGAAGCCUACCGGCUCAAGGGCGAUUGGCCAAAGGUCCGCUUCGAAAUCACAAUUGUUGAUGAAAGGGACGGGUUUUUUCAUGUUGUUGGUGCGCCGCUUGCGCUGGCCAAUCAAUCCUAUGCGGACAAAGCCUGGGUUGAGUUCGGAGACCUGCCUGACCUCCAACGUCCCAAUAUCACCUUCAUUCAUGGCACGGUAACCAAUGUGGACUGGAAUUCUAAAAGAGCUACGGUAAACGCUCACGGUGAAGACGCUUCAAGUGUGCUUGGGUAUGACUACUUCGUGGCCGGCACCGGCCUGAGAAGAGUAUGGCCCGUUGUACCUCAGUCAUUCACUCGUAAAGGGUACUUGACUGAGGUCAGAGAUCACAUUCAACUGGCCAAGGAUGCAUCUCACGGCGUCUUGGUCGUCGGUGGAGGCGCGGUCGGCAUCGAAAUGGCUGCAGAGCUUAAGCUCUAUAUGCCCGACAUCAAAGUCAUGCUUGCGCACUCCCGUGACAAGCUUUUGUCUUCCGAGGGUCUGAGUGAUGAGUGUAAAGACGCCUCGUUGAGAUUGCUCAAGGAAGCCGGUGUAGAAGUAUCCAUGGGCCACCGAUUGGAUAGGUACGAACAGAUUGAGACAUCUGACGGUUCUGAAAAGUAUCAAGUGCGUUUCACAAAUGGCACUACGACUUACGCAAGCUUGGUCAUCAUGGCCGUUUCCAAAAGCAUCCCAUCGACAUCCUACCUCCCAGCAUCAGCACUUGACUCAGAGGGUUACGUUAAGAUUCAACCCAAUUUGAUGAUCCAGUCGGAUAGUCCAAAUGCCGACCGCCACUACUGCGCUGGUGAUGCAGCAAAGUGGUCUGGUAUCAAGCGCUGUGGCGGCGCAAUGAAUGGCGGGUACCGUAUCGCCAAUAAUAUACACCAAAGCAUCUUGAAAGAUAGCAUUAGCCAUUCCCCCGAGUACAAGGAGCUAGUAGAACUUGAGCCCAUGAUUGCACUAGCCGUGGGCGAAAGCGCGGUCUCUUCAGGCCCACAUGGGACUGACUCGGGCGCUCAUGUUAUGCAGAAGUAUUUUGGUGACGACUUAUAUCUUUCAGGCUGCUGGAGAUGGCUGGGACUCGGAAUAGGGGUGGAGUAG